AUGGUCGCUCUGAUCGCUUACGCGGCAACGUUUGCCUUAUUGGCGCUUGCUCUCCUGCUUCAUAGACGGCAUGGACUUGCCAUCUACCUCCCGGUGUUCAACUUCACCACCACAGACGCCAACGUAUUCAACGACUCCUCGCUCGACCAGGAUGUACCAGGUGGUUGCGAUGAAAAGGAAGUGAGCCGCGUGGCUCGCGUACUGGCCAGCAGCUUGAACACGACAGCGGAUCCCUGCAAGGACUUCCACUCGUACGUCUGCAGCGGAUUCAGGCGAAUCAUACGCACAUCUUUGCUCGACGAUAUGGAAACGCAGGUGACCACUUCCAUCUCUCGAUUCUUCCACAGAAUAGCGCGUGGCGUCAAGAAGCCCCUGCCAGAGGCACUAACAAAGGCGGUGGAAUUUUACGCAAGUUGCGUGAAGCCCGUUCACACGAACGGACGGACUCACGCCUUGGCAUCUUUCUUUAAGGAGCAGGACUUUUCAUUCAACACCAAGAUCGACGGCUUCUUGGAAACGACACUCGAGCUUCAGUUAAGGCUGGGCCUCGAGAUUUUCUUCACGCUUGUGGUGGACCCCUAUCCGCGAUUCCAGGAAACUUCUCGUUACGUCUACCUUGGCUCCAGCCGUCUUUUCGAAGAAUGGAAGCGGGCGAGGAACGUAUUGUUCAUGAGUGGCUCUUACACGAGCUACGCGAGCGCGGUGAUUUUGGCCACGGGAUUUGACGAGAACGCCGCCUUCGACCUCGCUCGCAGAGUCUGGUACAUCGAGUCGAAACUCAUGACCCGCUCAAUCAAGCCAAAAAGGGUUCUCGCUAAGAAAAAGCUCGAGUCCAAAUGGAAGGAACUGCUCCACCGUUACUCCCGGGGAGCCUUAAUGGGAACGUACAAACUUAGCUUGCGGUCCAAGCCAUCCGCGUUCUUCCACCAAAUGAUGUUCAAGGCUAACGACGCGGAACAAUCAGUGUACAUCACCUGGGAAGUGGCGCGACACCUGGCCAGCGUGAGUGGCUACGUUGAAACUGGAAGCAUUCCCGAUCGGCAGGUUUACUGCUUUGACAUGACGUACGUAUUCUACGGUCCUGCGAUUUCCGCUGCUGUCCUGUUCCCAUCCGUCAACAACAGCAGGCUAGAUCAAGUCCGAAGAAUGGUCAGAACAUUGGCGAGUGAAGUCUACGGGAGCAUUGAGGACUCGGAUUGGGUGCUACCCGAGACAAAGGCCAAAUUGGCCAGGAAGCUUCGGCUUGUCACAUGGAAGCUCGGCUACGAUCUAAAUCUCGAGAGCUGGCGCGGCCUUAAUGAUUACUACCGAAGAUACCCGAUCGCAUCGGGCAUAUUCCUGACAGACUACGUAAAAACGAAUGAAGCACACGGAAUAAAGUUCUUUGAACUUAAGCGUCAGCGCCGAGAAGUGGACUUCAGCUUCAGAAGCGACAUCGUAGGUGCAUUCUACGAGGGCCCCAACGUCCUCGUAAUCCCUGCCGCUUCCAUGCUGAGCCCGCUGUUCAACUACGGUGCCUCACCGGCGAUCAAUUACGGCCUCCUGGGCAGCGUUAUCAUGCAGAACUUAAUGCGCGCUUUCGGACACAACAAUAUGCUGACCGACGGUUCUGGCUCCCCGAUCGCCUGGUUUCCCGAGGAGCGGGCAGAUUUCGAGGACCGGUACCAGUGCGACCGCAUGUCGGAAGUCCGGGACAGUGACGUUGAUCCACCGGCCGGCGUGUCAGUCGGCGCGCAGGCGUUCUUCCGGGCCUACAAGAGGGCAUCCGCUGCUCGGGGCAAUCGCAGCUGCUCGUUGCCUGGUCUCGAGAGGCUCUCCAGCGACCAAGUGUUCUUCGUGAGCCGCUGCCUGCUCCGCUGCCACGAUGUGCCGGGCACCACGGACGGCGUCCACUUAGAGGACCAUGCUUGCAACCUUAUGGCGAAGCACUCAGCCGAGUUCGCCAACGCCUUCAAUUGCCCGAUGGACCACAGCAACACCUUGUGUGACGUGUGGUAG